AUGGUCCUUAUAGGUGAUUCCCUAAUAAAACAUAUUGAUGUUGUCAAACUGUCCAAGAAACAAGUUGACAAAAUACGUGCUUCAACCAUACUUGAUGUAGAACAGCAGAUAAAAAUUUGCUCAAUGGAACAUGUUAAUAAACUUAUAUUGCAUGUUGGAAGCAAUGAUAUAGAUAACAGCAAACAGAGUGGGGAUGUCAUUGAAGAUAUCGUGAAUUUAGCCCACCUAAGUAAAUCAAGAAUGAAUACGUCUAGUACAGUCAUUGUAUCAGGUAUUCUACCAAGAGGAAAUUCAGAAUUAAAUAAGAAAAUCAAAGAGGUAUACCUUAAUGUCAAGUCACGUAUAGAUGACCAAGAUGGUAUGAUCUUUGUUGACCAUAACAAGUUGUAUGGCACAAAGAAAUAUUAUCAUAGUGACAAUAUCCAUCUCAAUGACAUUGGUACCAAGGUCUUGGCAGCUAACAUAAUUAGUGCUAUUAAGAACAAACCAAGAAUUAGAAACAACAAUCUACGAGAGAGACCAAGAUCACAAUUAAGGAGAAAAAAAUGUGUUAGAUAA